UUCGCGGUCUGUUUUAAAUAAUCUAUUUGAAAUGAAAUUUUAAUAGUUCACCUAUAAAAUAUUUCUAGUUAGUUUGUAUUUCCUUUCGACUAAAACGAUGGCUACUCCAAAAAGUGAAAAAGAUCUGCAUUUGCCCCUGUCCAGGGUCAAAACAAUAAUGAAAAGCUCACCGGACGUAGAAGCUGUUGGUCCAGAACCACUUUAUUUAGUCACUAAAGUUACAGAAUUGUUUGUAAUGGACCUAGCAAAGAGGGCACACAAAAACAGUAAUGCCAACUUCCUAGAAUACAAACAUAUUGCUGAUAUUGUUCAAGAGGAUGACACUUUAGACUUUCUCAGAGAGAUCAUGCCUCGAAAGAUCACUGUGCGUCAAUUCAAAGAGAUGAUGGCCAAGAAAGCUGCCAAGAACGGUGAUGAUUCAAGUGAAGACUCCAGUGAAGACAGCAGUGAAGACUCAUCCAGUAACAAUGAACAAGAGUGAUAAGCUGAACUACAAACACUAAGGGACAAAUUCAUAGACUGAAGAAAAGUGAAGAAUUUAAACAGAAACAAAUGUUGCGUGUCUCCUAAUCUGUGCCAAUAAGGCUAUUCUGGCCUUGGGUUAUUUUUAUUAACUUCAUCUUACAAAUUGAUUUAUUUUCUUUCAUGAAAUGUGAUAACAUUUACAAAUAUUGUGCUCGUCAAGUAUCAUUUAAUUGUGUCAUUAAAUUGUUGAUUGUGUCAUUAAAUGAUAGAAUUCUGCCUUUGCAUGUUGUUUGUUAAUCAAAAUGUUAUGCAAUAAAAAUUUGUAUUACUUAUGAUUACUUUAAGUUUUUCAAAUAUUAAAGUGAAAUAAAUAACAUAGAGUUUGUAAAUUAUGUUGCAAAAACUUUGAUCUGGUGUAAUCUAAAAGUAAUUGUCAUUUCACAGACCACCUCAAACUAUUUGUGGUGUGGCACUUUUAUCAAAUAAUUUCAACUAUAAUUAAGAGCACUGAAGUAUGUUUCUCAUAAUAUCUAAGGCAUGCAAGAGUAUAUAUAUUGAGGCCAUCAGCGCAAAAGUGGCCUAACCCACAAUUUUUCAUAAUCAUGUUUAUAAUUAUGUAUAUUGCAAUUUAUUUAAAAUAUAAUAAAUUUUGUUUUUUGCCUACUCAAAUUUAAAUUCGUGAAAACUUAAACAUCUCUGCUCCAUAAUAACUAUGGUAAGCUUUGGCCACUUUUUCGAUGACGUCCUCAAUUGUCACAUGAAGUUGGAGUUUCAAUCAUACAAGUGAUUGAAACUCCAACUUCAUGUGACAGUUGAGGCAGUCUGGACUCAUUGUUGCAUUUGAUCUGUGCUUAGUGCGAGUUUUGUAGAUGUAGAUUAAAUAUAGAAUGAAUUGUAAACAUUUCAUGUGAGUGGGAUUUUAAUAACUACUAUUUUUUUAUUUUUGUUUUUGUUUUUUAUAAGUAUUGUAGGUAGCAAUGCAUUACUCAUGGCCACACAAAGUCUAUCGAAGCUUACAUGUAAAGAUAUUUAAAAAAAGAAAUCCAAUGUUUUUAUACGGAAUGUGCAAGUUGUUUUAUUGCAACAGUAUGGUAUUAUUUAUAAUUGUAAACAGACAUGUAAUUGAAUGUAUUUCCUGACUAACCAUGGUAUGAACAAACACAGAAGAGAAAUAAAAGAAUUGAAA